AUGGCCAGUACGACUACGGCAUCAGUGGCGGAUGCGGUGGAUGAACCAAUGGCAAUGGCACUAGAUUUGCCUGAUGAGGAGGGCGAUCAAGAUCAGGGAAAUACAAGAGAACAAGGAUGCCAGACGGACUGGGUACCGAUUGGGAGAGCACCAACAGCAAUGACCAGUAGCAAGAGCACCCAAACAGGGAAAAUACAUCAUAGAUCAAAGGGACACCAGGUGACCCCAGAGAUCCUCGAGAGGGUUAGAGCUCGGCUGGCCAGGGUUAGUGAAGUCCCAUCGUCAAGUGUAGCAGCUCCAUCUGACAGCCCCGAGAUGCAGACUAACAUAGCAACUCCAGGUGCUCCUGCAUUGUUUGAUGUAGGACCAGCAUCAAGUCCCACUGCGCCUUUUGUUAGUGGUUCUUCCGAUGACAGCUAUGUGCCGAGUGAGUCAUCGACAUCGGAUCCGUGUCAAUCUGACGGGUCGCCAGAUCGCCCACGUACUCACCAGAUGCGUGAAGAGGGCUGCCACAAGGAACCGAAGUACAUCAUCUUUGAGUCGUGCCUCCAGAGUCUCGUCAAGUGGUGUCACUGUCCAGUCUGUGGCAGCCAGGACAUAAACCCUUCUUGGGAUUCAAACGGUACACAGCUGACCAUGACUCUUCAAUGUGCAUCAUGUGACCAGAGGAGUAGUUGGAGCAGCCAGCCAAACAUUGGCCCUUAUGCCGCGGGCAACAUCCUGCUAUCUGCUGACAUCCUCUUCGCUGGCGCAUCUUCUGGCAAGGUGUUGCAAGUGCUGAACAGCAUCGGAGUGGUCACGUAUGUGAAGAGGACAUUUUUCAACCACCAGGAGCUCAUACUGCUGCCAGCCAUCAAAAAGGUGUGGGAGGAACAGCAACGGACGCUUCUCACCAUGCUGCAGGUGGAAGGCCGACCCCUCGUCCUUGGUGGUGAUGGGCGAGCAGACAGUCCGGGACACAGUACCAAGUUUGGUACCUACACCACAAUGGAGCUUGUGGCCAAUGUGGUUCUCGACCUUCAGGUUGUACAGAGCAACGAAUGUCUUGGCAGCUACCAUAUGGAGAUGGAAGGACUGAAGAGGAUGGUGGAGCUGUUGAUCAGCUGGGACCUGGAUGUCGGGGUGCUGGUGACAGACCGACACAGACAGAUCGCUAAAUGGAUUCGCGAAAACAUGCCCAAUACACGGCACUGCUAUGACAUCUGGCAUGUUGCAAAAUCCAUCGGAAAGAAACUGAAGGCCAUCUACAAGCAUAAGGACUGUGAAGACCUGAAGCCCUGGGUGCAAAGUAUAAUCAACCACCUCUACUGGGCAGCAGUGUCUACACUGCCUGGAGAGGGGGAACUUCUGGUUGCCAAGUGGAAGUCUGUGGAGCGACACAUUCAGAACAUCCACAAGGACCAUGGCGACCUCUUCCCAAUUUGUACUCAUGGACAACUGCAACGGCAAAAGAAAUGGCUCAAACAAAGUUCACGCUCAGCAGUGAAACUGGAGGAGGUGGUCAACAACAAGUCCCUGCUGAAAGAUAUCGCCAUGCUGUCGGGUGAACACCAGACUUCCAAGGUGGAGGCGUUCCAUAGCCUUAUCAUACAGUUCGCACCGAAAAUGUAUGUCUUCUCAUACAUCGGAAUGCUGUGCAGGAACCUGCUUGCUGGGCUGCACUGGAAUGAAAACUCGAGCCGCCCUAUAGCCACUACACAAGCGGGUGCUGAGCGCUAUGCAGUACGCUACCCGAAGUAUAAAGCAGGGGGCCAUGUGGUCAAGAAAAUCGCGACAGAGCCAACAUGUAAAACAUGCUACGUAGAUGACUUGAUCAGGGAGGUUGUUGCUGGCUGCAGACAGACCCCUGACCAGAGAGCACCAGUCAGCGUCACUGUGGAUGUGCCUCCCUUCCUCUGCGAUGAACUGGAGAAGCCAGACAAGGAGGAAGCCAUCGCCAAGCACAGGAGUGGCUUCGGGGUUAUUCCGGUGACCAUGGAUGAAGUGCUGGCUGUCCAGAGUUGGGACCCGGGUUGGACCGCUCGCCUGUGCAUCGGUUGGGGACAUCUCUGCGCUGCUGACCCGUCUCCGCUCGGGAUGGCCUCCUGCUGGCCCCACUAUGGACUGGACUCUUACUAUUAUGUUAGAUCCACUAAGGACUGGACUUUGACAAUAUUAUGUCAGACCAACUCGACAUACAUUGCUUUCGGUCUCCCCUAGAGGGGGGGGGGGUUACCCACAUAUGCGGUCCUCUCCAAGGUUUCUCAUAGUCAUUCACCGACGUCCCACUGGGGUGAGUUUUUCCUUGCCCGUAUGUGGGCUCUGUACCGAGGAUGUCGUUGUGGCUUGUGCAGCCCUUUGAGACACUUGUGAUUUAGGGCUAUAUAAAUAAACAUUGAUUGAUUGAUUGAUUGAUUGAUUUCUUUUAUUGAUUAAGUACAGUGGCCAUGUGGAUUGUGUUGCAGUCACUGCACGUCUUGGAACCCCGUGUAGUCCAUCGAUGGGAAUGUUGUCCUAAUCUUAUGUACUACACAAGCUGGUAGUACCACCCUUAUCUCCUUUCCCAGAUAUCCCCAGCAGAAGCGGACAAACUGUCGAUAGGCUGUGUGUCGUCUCCGCCUGCAAGUACAAAAUAGUUGUUAGCAAAUGAUGGCAGCUGUUAUUAUCCGGACAUGGAUACACAGUGACUCACUGUUCUCUGAGAUGCAAAAGACAUUGUCAUGCAUUCUAUUCAUUUGUCAUUUACUGUUGCAGUAAAUUGUAAAUAUUGUUGACAUCUACGGUUUUAUGUAUGUAAUACUUCUAUGAUAUAUAAUGUCAUGUACAUUGUAGCACAGUACAUUUCACAGAAUAAG